UGUGUCUUGAUUUAAUAUUUUACGUACUCACUACUCAUUCAUUCAAUCUGAAUGAUAAUUUGAACAAAAAAUUUUACACUCGUUCACAAAGAAGCUUCAUCGUCCAUUUUGAAUUUGACCGUCUUAUCAAGCUCACGGUUCAACAAUGGCGGACGCAGCUCCAGCCGGUGGACGUGGCGGUUUUCGCGGUGGCUUUGGAUCUCGUGGAGGCGAUAGAGGACGUGGAGGACCUCGUGGACGUGGUCGCGGUCGCGGCCGUGGCCGUGGACGCGGGAAGGAAGACCAAAAAGAAUGGGUGCCCGUUACAAAGUUGGGUCGCCUCGUUAGAGAGGGAAAGAUUGAUAAACUGGAGAGCAUUUAUCUGUUCUCUUUGCCCAUCAAAGAAUUCGAAAUCAUUGAUUUCUUCCUUGGUGCAUCCUUGAACGAUGAAGUGCUUAAAAUCAUGCCUGUUCAGAAGCAAACUCGUGCCGGUCAACGUACACGUUUUAAGGCUUUCGUAGCGAUUGGAGACAACAAUGGACAUAUUGGCCUUGGUGUUAAGUGCAGCAAGGAAGUUGCAACUGCUAUAAGAGGAGCAAUCAUCUUGGCUAAACUUUCUGUUCUCCCAGUGCGUAGAGGAUAUUGGGGCAACAAAAUCGGCAAACCCCACACUGUACCGUGCAAGGUUACCGGCAAAUGUGGUUCAGUAACUGUGCGCCUGAUCCCAGCUCCUCGUGGUACUGGUAUUGUAUCUGCUCCAGUUCCGAAGAAACUGCUUCAGAUGGCUGGAGUACAAGAUUGCUAUACCUCGGCCCGUGGUUCUACUGGUACUCUUGGAAACUUCGCUAAGGCAACUUAUGCGGCUAUCGCCAAGACAUACGCCUACCUGACGCCAGAUUUGUGGAGGGAUAUCCCAUUGACUAAGUCACCAUACUCUGAAUUCAAAGUCUAAAUAUAAAUAAAUGGAUAAAUAUCUUUGGCUACUUAAA